GGGCCCCGGAACUGACGCUGCAGGUUUCGGUGGAGUCGCUCAAAGUCCGAGUAGCGACGAGAGAUGUGGGCUGGCUGAUGGGCUGGCAGCCCUGGGCCCGUCACGGCGAGGGUGUAGAGCUGCACGGAGGGUGGGAGUCAGGGAAGGAGUAGCUUGUCCACGGGCCCCUUCCCUACCCACCUCUUCCCUUCACCCCUGCCACUGGACCCAGGAGAGUGGGAGCCCACCCCCAUCUUACCUGAGACUCGUCUGAAAUGACCCAGGCUCAAGGCAGCACAGGGAGAGAAAGACAGAGAUGAACUUCAGUGCCUGGGGCUGCUGGCCCUUUGGACCCUUCUGGGCAGUAAUCUUUUCCCACGGGUCAGUCCUCUCCUGACAGCCCCCCUGGACAACCAGCCCCAGGCCUCUGAGCCAACCCUUGGGACCAGCCUGGAGCCGUGUUCCAUGCUGGACAUAGCCCCCACAUCCCUGGCCAGCCUAUUCCAAGCCAGGCUAGAGGGCAGGUCUUCAGACAGCCAUAACAGCAAGAAGUUCCCUGGGCUGAGAGUCAAGUUCUAACCCAGGGUCGGCCACUCCCUCCCUGUGUGGUCUCGGGGGAGGCAGUCCCUCCCGGGGUCUGCUUCCCGCUCCAGCGAAUGCGGUGUUGGGCCAGGUGAGUGUUGACCCCAGCGUGGGCCAGGUGCGAGUGCUGGCUGCUAAGGCUGUUACUGGUGCACCCUGGAGCACCACCACUGCGGACAGCAGGCAGCUCUCCCUCUGGAGUGAGAAGAUCUUGGUUUGGUUUCAAUAAAAAGCACUUCUCUACCACUUCUCAUCUCCAUAUUUAGAAAAGAGCCAGAAAGAGCAUAUCGGGCCAGAGCCUUCUUCAGAGGACAGCCCCCAGGCAGCCCGCACUGGCACUGUUUCAUUUCCACUCUUACUUUCAUGGGUAACUUCUCCUAAUGGCAAGGGAGGCUUUCCACAUACAGUCCUACUACCGAGCUGCCUUUUAAACUCAAGAAAAAACCGAGGUAAGGAAAAGUGAGUUCAAGGCCGCCUUUGACAUGUUUGAUGCUGAUGGCGGUGGGGACAUCAGCGUCAAGGAGUUGGGCACAGUCAUGAGGAUGCUGGGCCAGACACCCACCAAAGAGGAGCUGGACGCCAUCAUCGAGGAGGUGGACGAGGAUGGCAGCGGCACCAUCGACUUCGAGGAGUUCUUGGUCAUGAUGGUGCGCCAGAUGAAAGAGGACGCCAAGGGCAAGAGCGAGGAGGAGCUGGCCGAGUGCUUCCGCAUCUUCGACAGGAACGCAGACGGCUACAUCGACGCCGAGGAGCUGGCUGAGAUUUUCCGGGCCUCUGGGGAGCACGUGACGGACGAGGAGAUCGAAUCCUUGAUGAAGGACGGGGACAAGAACAACGACGGCCGCAUCGACUUCGACGAGUUCCUGAAGAUGAUGGAGGGCGUGCAGUAA